AUGGCAAUUAAAAAAGUUGAAAUCUCUACAAAAAAAAACCCCAAAGUUCAAAAACCAAAGAAAUCUAAUUUUGGACAACUUAAGGUCGGGGCUCAUUGCUUAGGACAAAUAACCCAUAUUAAUCAAAUGGAUCUAAGAAUUUCACUUCCUAAUCAACUUACAGGAUCGUUAAGCCUGAAUCCAAAAAAAGUAAACAGCAGCAUUGUGAAGUCUGAUUUAUCAAAAGGAAUGAUAUUAUCUGCAUCAGUAAAAAGCAUAGAAGAUCAUGGUUAUGUUCUUUCGACAGGAUUUAAUAAUAUCAACACUUUCUUAAAUAAUAAAAAUUCACAAAGCUAUAUUAAAAAGUUUAAGAGUGGUAAUCAACUUACAAUUGGUCAAGUAUUAAUUGUCAGUAUCAUAAAUGUUGCAGAAAAAGGUCGAACUGUUAAUGUGACAGCUGAUAUUGAAACUAUAUCAAAAGACAAAAAAUUUGAACAAAUUAAAACAGAUAAACUUAUUUCUAAUAAAAAAUCCACUGAUGCAAUGGAUGUUGAUUUGAAUGAGGUCAAAAUAGGCGAGUUAUCCAAUGGUGAAAUAAUCCAAAUUAGUCAAGACUCAAUAACAAUAUCACUUCAACCAUCACAAAUUCGAGCAAGCUUAAGAAAUGGUCAUUUAUCAGAUCAUUUGACACCUUCACAUCUUUCUAAUAUGAUAAAAUGUUUAAAAAAAGGAGAUGUUUUGAAUGAUCUUUUAAUUAUUUCUAAAAAUGAGGAAAAAAGGUUUGUAACUGUUAGUCACAAACCUUUAUUAAUUGAAGCAGCAAAAAAGAGUCAGUUACCUUCUUCUAUUGAAGAACUAUUAAUUGGUAAUGUUUAUCCAGGGUAUGUCAAGAGUAUUACUGAUUAUGCUGUGUUUGUUGGAUUUCUUGGAAGUUUAAGUGCCAAAGCUAUGAGACAUAAAGUAGCUGAAAAUUUUAUUUCAAGUCCAAUUGGAAUAUUUUAUCCUAAUCAAUCAGUUCUUUGUUUAGUGACUUCCAUUGAUUUAGAGAAUUCCAGAUGUGAAGUAUCAUUGAAACCUUCUGAAACACCUAUUAAAUCAUGCCCAUAUCUUUCUGAGAUAGGUGAUAUAAUUAAGUGCAAGAUUAAACAAUUUUCAGAAUUAGAAUUUGGUGGUGGGUGGGUAGUUGAUGUAAUGUUAGAUGGUAAUAAUGACAAUGACAAUGAUAAAACAAUUAAAGGAAUUAUUAAUGAAGAGCAAGCUAAAACUAGAAGUGAUCUUAAAAAAGGUGAUGAAAUAUAUGGAAUGGUUAUUGAUUAUGAUAUAAAUGAAGAUAUUAAAAAAUUGGCAAAUAAGAUUGCUACAGAGACAUCUAUUGAAGCUUAUAUUGAGUUAGUAAAGGAAGAUUAUGUUGUAAUAUCAUUACCAGAAUAUGAAAAUUCAUUAGCAUUUGCUUCAACAAAAAGUUAUAAUUAUAGAUCAACGCCUUUUAUGAAAUUUAAAUUUGGACAAAAAGCAACUGCUCAAAUUUUUUAUUUGCCAAAUAACAAAGAAAAUAUCAAUAAUGAUGGACAACUAAUUGAUAGAGCAUUGGCAGUAUUGCAAUUACAAACCGAAGAAAGUUUGGUUGGUGGGUUAUGUCACAUAUCAAAAUUGUCAGAUGAUUUUGUUAAAGAUGUAAAUAAACUUUAUAAAAUUGGGGAUAAAGUUAAAGCAGUUGUAUUGGAGAUAGAUCAUGAAAAACAAAAAAUCAGCUUUGGAUGCAGAAAAAGUUGUUUUGAAGAAGAUGAUGUGCCUGAUUAUGUUGAAAGUGAUGAUGUUGAAAAACAUCAAAUUGACUCACAAGAAUCAUCAGAUUCAGAGGAUGACUUAUCAAUGUCAGAAAAGAAGAAAAAGAAAAGGAAGAAAAAAAAGCUUGAAAUUGUGGAAGACCUUACAUUGGAUUUGUUAAAACAAAGGCCAGAAGUGAAUGCAGAUUAUGAAAGAUUAUUAUUGGGAUCCCCAAACUCAUCAUAUCUGUGGAUAAAUUAUAUGGCACAUCAACUAAAAUUAUCAGAAAUUGAAAAGGCAAGGGAGAUUGGAGAACGAGCACUUAAAACAAUAAAUUUCAGGGAAGAAGAGGAAAAAUUUAACAUUUGGAUUGCCUUGUUAAAUCUAGAAAAUAAUUUUGGUACAAGUGUAAGUAUGAGCGAAGUGUUGAAAAGAGCUUUAUUAUCAUGUGAUCCAAAAGAACUUUAUAUGACAUUAGUUGACAUUUAUGAAAAAAGUGACAAAGAAGAGCUUACUGAACAAACUUAUCAAUUGAUGAGGAAAAAAUUUUCUCAAAGUUCUAAAGUUUGGGUAAAAAUAGGCUUAUAUUAUCUUCAACAUGGAAAAUUAGAAGCUUUACAUGACCUAAUACAGAAAUGUGUUAAAAUAUUGCCAAAAUAUAAACAUGUUAAAACUUUAUCAAAAUUUGCACAAAUGGAAUUUAAACAUGGUGAGGCAGAAAGGGGGAGAACAAUAUUUGAAGGAAUGAUGAAUAGUUAUCCAAAAAGAGUUGAUUUAUGGUCAAUAUACAUAGAUAUGGAA